AUGAAGAGUUUGGUUUUGUUGGCGCUGUGUUCCAUUUCACUAGUUGUGGUAAUGGAGUGUUUAUCUCUGCAGGGAAACGAAGAAAAAGGUCUGAAACGCAAGAAAAGAGGCCUCGAAGUUCAUGUGAGCAUCUCCGGCUCAUACAAAAGCGAUAGCGACAAAGGUGGAGAUGACAAAAGCGGUGACGGUAAAAGUGACAGUGGUGGCAGUAAAAGUGACAGUGGUGGCAGUAAAAGUGACAGUGGUGGCAGUAAAAGUGACAGUGGUGGCAGUAAAAGUGACAGCGGUGGUAGUAAAAGUGACAGCAGUGGCGGCAAAAGUGGCGGUAAAAGUGACAGCGGUGGCGGUAAAAGUGACAGCGGUGGCGGCAAAAGUGGCGGCGGUGGCGGCAAAAGUAGUAGUGGUGGCGGCAAAAGUAGUAGCGGUGGCGGCAAAAGCGGCGGUGGUGGCGGCAAAAGCGGCGGUGGUGGCGGCGGUGGUGGCGGCAAAGGUGGUGGAGGUGGUGGUGGUGGUAAAAAAGGUUAA